CAGAUAGAAGGUCAGAAGUGGAAAGGUGCUUUUGAAUCUUACGGUUAAGGAUUGAUUCAAAAGCUUUAGAUAGACAAGAAAGUAAAGCAAUAGGACGGUAGUUUGAGGGAUUGGAGCGGUCACCCUUCUUAGGUACAGGCUGUGUGAAGGCAUACUUCCAGCAAGAAGGAAAGGUAGAUGUUGACAGGCAGAGGCGAAAGAGUUUGACCAGGCAGGGUGACAGCACGGAGGCACAGUUUUUAAGGACAAUAGGAGGCACUCCAUCAGGUCCAUAAGCCUUCUGAGGAUUGAGGCCAGAGAGGGCAUAGAAAACAUCAUUUUGAAGAAUCUUUAUAACAGGCAUAAAGGAGUCAGAGGGGGGAUGAGUAGGAGGAAUAUGCCCAGAAUCAUCCAGAGUGGAGUUUUUAGAAAAAGUUUGAGAGAAGAGUUCAGCCUUAGAGAUAGAUGAGACGGCAGUGUUGCCGUCAGGACUGAGGAGUGGAGGGAAAGAUGAAGAAUUGAAGUUGGAGGAGAUGUUUUUGGCUAGAUGCCAGAAGUCACGGGAAGAGUUAGAGAAAGCAAGGUUUUGACAUUUUCUAUUAAUGAAAGAAUUUUUGGUUAGUCGGAGAAUAGAUUUGGCACGAUUUCGGGCAGAAAUGUAAAGUUCAUAAUUAGCAUUAGUUUGAAGGCUCUGGUAUCUUUUGUGAGCUACCUCUCUAUCAUUGACAGCACGAGAACAAGCGUGAUUAAACCAAGGCUUUUUAGCGUGAGGAGUAGAGAAAGAACGAGGAAUGUAUGCCUCCAUUCCAGAGACAAUCACCUCUGUGAUGCGCUGAGCACACACAGAGGGGUCUUUAUCCUGGAAGCAAUAAUCAUUCCACGGGAAAUCGGAAAAGUACAUCCUCAGGUCGUCCCACCGAGCUGAAGCAAAAUGCCAGAAGCAUCGCCUCUUCGGUGGGUCCAGAGGGUGUACAUAUCCGAUCGCGUUGAAUCUUUGAGUACAUUUUGCUGUAUUAAUAGGAAUGUUGUCCAUUUGAAAAGACAGUCUCCUCGCCGCCACCAUGCGGGUUACAUUCAUCCCUCCUUCCGUAGCAGAAUAUCAUACCCUGUUUUCGAAUGGCAAACAGAUAUCAUCCCGAGGGAGCGGUAUUGAUGAUAUAGUCACACUUUCUUAUGAACCAAGCUAUCACAGAGGCGGGGGUUUAUUCUCGGUUUUAGCUGGACUCGCUAAAAGAGCUUUCCCUUUCCUAGUGAAGAAUGCCAUUGUGCCUUCAGCUCGAACAUUUGGAAACAAUGUUCUAGAUGAUAUUUCACACGGAAGCAACUUGAGAAGCUCUAUAAAAAAGCAUGGAAUUAAUUCCUUAAAGCAAGCUGCAAUGAAAUUGACUAGAGGAAGCGGGAAAAAGAAAGUCAAGCGAGUCGGGAGGAAAAGGUGUUAUAAAAAGGACAUCUUUACCGAGUUGUAAUCAUUGUUGAACUAAGAGCAGUAUGGCGAGCAUCACCAGCGCGGUUGGUGUCGGGAACCCGCGUUCUUCCCUGGGGCAAUAAGCCGCCGGUGUCAGUGAAUUGUUUCCCCGCCGUAACAAUUUGAGGUUAUUGGAAACAACGAUUGCCUCCCGUUAUGAUGCUGAUGUUUUACCUACUAACCUCGGAUUCAAUAUGAAAUUAUCCGAUAGAUAUAUAGAAUUUCUCAUUCCUGGAACACUUUGCAGUUUUAUUGAUUUGGGGAAAUUGGUGUUGCACACCUCUUUACGCUUAACUAAGCCAGACAGUACUACUCUCGAAGAUGCUCAACACGUUGAAUUUGCAAAUAAUACCGCGCACAGCCUAUUCAAAUCAAUGCAAUGUUUUUGGGGAGAUGUAACUGUUGACAAUAAUGUACUUUAUGGGUACACGUCAUACGUUAAAAUGCUGAAUACUUUGUCGCCCAACAAAUUGAAUACAAUUGGAGCCAAUGCUAAUAUUACCAUCCCAGAGAACGGUUUUAUUUCCAAAGUAACAGCAGAAUACUUUGACAAUGCCAGCGCGCAACACAAGACCAUUAUGAAGCGGGUUAAGACUCACGGUAUACAACUCUGUACCCCGCUUCUUCUGGAUAUAAGUUCUUUAGACAGUUACUUGCUCGAUGGUAUUUCGGUUAGACUCCGAAUGGAAGUAUCUAGUAAUGCAUGGCUGCUAAAUUAUCCAACUGGCGAUAGCAUUCGUCUGCAUAUAGACUCAGCCAAGCUGCUUUAUACGCGACUGUUUCCUUAUCCUAAUGCACUUCAUGCUUUGAACGCGUCUCUCGCCACAGGGAAUCUUUUGAAAUCGACAUUUACCAAAACCCUCUUGAAAACCUAUGUGCUAGCCAAAGACCAAACCUCAGGAACGUAUGAUCAACCGUGGGGUAAUGUUAUUCCGGAAAAACUCUCGCUUAUUAUAACGAGCAUGGAAGCUCAUUCUGGCGACUAUACGCUAAAUCCAUUGUAUUUGAGCCAUGGCGAUAUAAGUCAAAUAAGCUUAAGUGUUAAUGGUAGAACCAUGUAUAAUAUUCCUAGUAAAUUCCCUCAUGACUAUGCUGAGCUCUACCAUCGUACUUUGGAUGCACUUGGUUUUCACAAAGACCAUUUAAUCGGAAAGGAUAUUUUCGGCAAGGGGGCAAUGAUUUGCACAUUUGAUUUGCGUGCUGAAAACUUGAAUGAUAAUUUGCCCGUUGAAAUGAAUAGGGGGCUUAGACUUAGCUUGAAUCUAAGCAAGGGAGAAAACGAGAACCGUCUGUUGAUACUGUUUGGCGAAACAUUGGGUAUAAUAACAGUUAAUUCUGAAAGACGGCUGCAGUGUGAUGUGCGCGCUUGAAGCGGCUGUGCGAUGAACAACAUGGAGAUUGAAAGAGGAUUGAGGGGGCACAUAGGAAAGAUAGCCUUGUUUUUAGGCGUGUUAUUGGCAGACGAGGUAAACUCUAUACCUCAAUAUAGAAAACCUAUAGUGUACAUCGUCAAUACGCUACCAAGUUAUUCUAAAAGAGAAAUGGGACACUGGAUUUGUCUCUACUAUGAACCAUGCAUGGCAGUGUUCCUAGAUAGUUAUGCUCUCGAUCCAAAAUUAUACUCUGA